AUGCCAUCAGGAUCAACAGCGCAGGAUCCCAACUGGAAGGGAAGGGAACAAGGAGAAGAAGCGAGAUAUGCCAAAGCCAAGGAGCAAGAACAGCUAGCUGCACUUCGGGAUAAAUUAGCCAGUAAAGACCAAGGCAACAAGGCAAAAACAGGCGAUCUUGGAAUUGAGGGCGGUUUUGGAGGACAAGAGUCGUUGGAGGAUCGCUAUGCAACCACAAGUGGCGACCACUGA